AUGGCCAAUCGCACCGUAAAGGAUGCAAAGAAUGUUCAUGGCACGAAUCCGCAAUAUUUGAUCGAAAAGAUUAUUCGCUCCCGUAUAUACGAUUCCAAAUACUGGAAGGAGCAAUGUUUCGCCCUGACCGCCGAACUGUUGGUGGACAAAGCCAUGGAGCUACGAUUUGUUGGCGGUGUGUUCGGAGGAAACAUCAAACCAACGCCUUUCCUGUGUCUUACGCUCAAGAUGUUGCAGAUCCAACCGGAAAAGGACAUAGUGGUGGAGUUUAUAAAGAACGAAGAGUUCAAAUAUGUACGUGCGCUCGGUGCGUUCUAUUUACGGCUGACGGGUUCGUCACUCGAUUGCUACAAGUAUCUGGAACCGCUCUAUAACGAUAAUCGAAAGUUGCGAAAACAGAACCGGAUGGGUGCGUACGAGCUUAUCCACAUGGACGAAUUCAUCGAUGAGCUGUUGAGAGAUGAGCGUGUGUGCGAUAUCAUUUUACCACGCAUCCAGAAGCGCCACGUGCUGGAGGAAAACAAUGAGCUGGAACCGAAAGUAUCCGCGUUGGAGGACGAUUUGGAUGAGGAGAUGCCGAGCGAAGAUGAGGCGGUUGAGGAGACGCCGGCCCAACAGCCGGUGAAGGAGAAAAAGGUUGAAGUGUCGAAAGUUAAGGGUAGCAACAAACGGAUAGAGCGUUCUGUUUCCCGAGAGCGGCAACCCAUGGAACGGUAUCGUAACUACGACAGUGGUAAUUACCGCGAUCGAGAAAAUGAUCGAGACAAAGAUCGUGAAAGGGAUUUUGAUCGCGAUCGAGACCGGUACCGAGAGGGUGAUCGUCGUGAUCGCCGAGAUCCGUAUGGUGAACGCGAGCGGAUUAAGGAGCGGGAACUUCGAGACAGAGAGCGUGAAAGACACCGGCGCCACGAACGUCAGGAGGAACGGGAACGUGAACGACGCAGAGAGCGGGACCGGGACCGGGAUCGCGAUCAUGACGAUAGGUCGCGUGCCCAUGAUCGUGAACGUGAUUACGAUCGAGAACGACGGAGACGAUAG